CCUGCCGGACCCUCCGCACCAGCAGUGGGCCUUGUCUGCUGCGAACGGCUCAUCAGAGGUGGAAGGUAAGCUGCCUGGGCCCAGGGGGCGGGGGCGGGGCUGGAGGGGUGGGUGCACAGCUCGCCAAGUCCUCACCUCCUGGGCCUCUGCAGAGGAUGGGAAGGGUUGGGAAGGGUGGGUGCAGGCUGAUACUGAGCUGGGGAGAGUCUGCAAACUGGCUGACGCCCUGGCCGACAGAGUUGGCAGGGCCUGAGAGAUCCCCCCAUUGUGACCCAGAGGCCUAGAGAGGUGUCUUCCUGGGCCAGGGUCACCCGGCGCACAGAGAGCAGGGCUGGGGCCCGUUUACCCAGGAUUCGUCAGGUUGGGGUUCAUCAGAGCCCCUUCCCAGCAUGAUGUAAGGGGGGCAGAUGGGGUCUUGGAGGGCAGUGCAGGCAAUGAGUGCCAAGGGCCAGGCUGGGGGUCUGUGAGCUGGAUGCAGUGGUCCAGCAGUCAAGAGGACCAGGGAGGGGCAAGAGGACCUUCCCAGCAGCCAGCCCUGGAGGAGCUUCAGGGACCUGACGAGGCCUUUCCAUUGAUUACAAACAGACAGAAUGAGUUGUGCCUUCCCUGGCCCCUCCACUCCCCACCCAGGGUUGUAUCAAGAGGGAAUCUUCAAAGGGUGAGACAAUUUGCCAAAGAGACAUACGUGCAGAAGGCAGGAGGCCCAUGCCAGGCCCCCUGCCUUGCCCCUCCCUCCCUGCCUCUCCAAGACGUGCUGCCAGGCCACACACCACUUUCCACGGAAGAAAGGGAGCAUGUAAGGACAUGCACAUGCACACGCGUGGUGACCUCUGUGAGCUGGGAACACCCUCCCUCUACUGCCUGUAGCCAGCCUCUCCUGGGCCUGACCAUGCUCUGACGGCUGAGUCCCAGGCCCCUUGGGCACUGAGAAGGUGGGGGUGGUAGCAGAUGUUGAUUUCAUUGAUAUCCUCUCCCUCCCCCUGCUUGCCCUCUAGGAUUGGCACAAUAUUAUGCUCUCUGGGAUUUGGAGAGAGACCCAUCACCUACCUCCACCCCAUGGCCUUUUUGAUGCUUUUAGUAUAUUUCAGAUAACAGCUAUCAAAGAAGUCUGAGCCUCAGUUUCAUCAUCUAUAAAAUGGGAGCAUUAAACUACAUGAUAUCUAAGGUUCUUUUUCUCAGAUUGUAGGAUUCUCUGACUCCAUGGAGGAGACACAGGAGUAUAUUUCUCCCAGGGACCCGAGUGAGGAGGGACCCGGGAAGUAUCGAUCCAUUAGAACAGCUCACCUGUCAUCCUGAUCAAUUAGGGAGCCUGUAUCAUGACCAGGGAAAGAGCUUUGGACCCCAGUUAUCAAAAUCCUGAAAAUGCCAUCCCCUCCUAACACCAGACAAGAGACAGAAUGGUCUGUGCUUUGCAGCCGCAGACGUUGAUUUUUUACUAUUACUAUUCAUGGUAAUAUUAUCAGGCAUUUACUAUAACUCUGUGCCACAAGCUGUGAACUAGGAAGGCACUCGUAUUCUCCACGUUUUAUAGAUGAAGGCUCUGAGGCUCACAGAGGCCCUUGCGGUCACCUAAAGCCUUGGACACUCUUCAGUACAUGUGACAGAGCUGGAGCGCGUGGCACCGAGCCUCCCCACGGCUCACAGCUGAGCAGGCAUUGAGCAGGGUGUCCCCUGCCGCAGGCUGGGUGUGUGCCCCACCGGUGACCACCAAGAGGAUACCUGCUGGGCUCGGGCUGGUGGCCAGUGGCUCUGCCCAGCCCGGUCCCCCCACCCUCCCAGUGGCCCCCCCCAGGAGCUUGCUCUCAGGAUGAAACACUUCCCAUCUGGGGUCUCCUCUGUCCUGGGUGGUAGGCAGCUGGAGCCAGACGGGAGGCUCACCCAAGGGCUGGCAAGAGAGCCGAGAGCCCACUUUUUGGCCCCGGGAGCAGCCAGGCGCCUGCCUCGGCCACAGCCUCCCGUUCCUCUCCCUGCACCCCGGCCUCUGAGCGGGUCUGGGGCUGCCCUCAGGAGCAGCUGAGCAGAGCUCUUUGCCGAGGGGCUCAGCCCACAGCUGGGAGCGGUCACAGCACUCCCUGAGCCAGCCCCUCGCCCAGCCCCCUCUGUUUCUCCCACACACCCAGACAGCAGCCCCAGGAAUGAGCUGCCCCCUUUCCUGGUGUCUGCCAGGUAAAUCAGGCCCAGCCCACCUCCUUCUCAGCCCUCUCCCAACACCAUCCGGCCAUGAGGCCCAGAAAGCGGUGGGCUUCAGGGCCCCGGAGCCUGGGUCCUGUUGCCGCAGUCUGCAUGGUGGGUGAGGGGAAAGGAAAUCCCUUCUGCCUCCUAGGCCCUGCGGCUCUGCUUAACCUGGCGGUGGCCUCAUGGCCCAGCUGGGUGGAGUUUGCUUGCGGGAUGGUAGGGGGACGGGGUGCCCCUUCUCUGCUGCUCUCCCCCUCCCUGAUGGCUGGUCCCGGGGCAGGACCCUGAACCUUCUGUGGCACUUUGGCAGCUGGCUAUCCCUCUGCUGUUAUUUAUGUUUUCCGAGGCAGAGAUUAAAUGUUCAGAGUUGUGUAGUGCUUAUGAAGGUUUUAGACUAAACACGCACUCAUAGAGUUACAAUAGGGAGGUGCUCCUCUGACCUCUCCCUGCAAAGGCUGGCUUCCCUGGGGCUUUGGGCUGACCUGGAGGAGAGGGCCUUGUUUCCCACUUGGGUCCAGGGAGAGUGACCCAGUGGCCUGGAGAGGCAGGAUCAGGGAGGUCUCUGGUCUCCCUCCCGUCCCUGGGCCCAGCCCUAGUGCGCCCUAAGCAGACAGGGCAGAAUGGAGCAGCAGACGCUCAGAUAAGCACAGUUUAUUGCUCUGUGGCCGCUUCAGCCAGCUCCACGUGGACACACUGCCUCUUGGGUAUUUUCCACCGGCUUGCAGCCUUUCCCAAGGGCCUCUGCUAGGGCUGAAGUUUAUUUUUCCUCUAAGAUUACCCUGAGACUCACGUCCUCGUAGGCUCAGUAGAAUGGACUUCAGCCCCUUCUGCCCCUAGUAAGGGACAUGGAAGGUAGUGAGGGGCUGCUAGGAGAGGUCAUUGCCCUAGGGCAGAGGCUGCAGCGUCCCCAGGUGGCCCAGCUUCCCUGUCCUCCCCCACCAGCUGAGGAUGACCACCAGGUACAGGGCAGGAUGACCCAGGACUGGAGAUGUGUCUCUGCUCACGGUCUCACAGCUGGGCUGGGUUGUGUGCACAGAAUCACAGACUGCCUGUCAGAUCUGGGAGAGCCCUUAGCAACCAUCUAUUCCCAACCUUCUUCUUUUUCCUCAGCUGAGGAAACUGAUAUACCCAGAAAGGUGAAGUGACCGCCCCAAGGUCACACAGCCAGUGUAGGGCCAGGACUAGAAGCCAGGUCUCCUGGCUCUGGCUACUCACUUCCUGUGAGCCUCUGUUUGGGACCAGGCCCCAGGCCCUCCCCUGAAGGAGCAACGUCUUUUGAGAGACUCCAGAUCAGCCCGCAGAAGUUCCUGGUCAAGACCACCAGGACAUCGUGGAGGUCAGGGAUGUCCCUGAUAACCUUCAGUGAAUUCUCAUCUAAUCAAUCAGUAAUUACUUAGCCUGUGUUUACUGGGUGCUUGGGUCCGUGUCUUCAAGGAGCCUCAACUUGCUUGUAAAAAAGAUAAGAGCCACCAGUGACGGAGAUAAGGCAAGCCCUUGGGGCUGAGUUAUGCUCAAAAAAGGAACAUCUGUUCACGCUGGACAAGUAGGAGAAGGCUUCGGAGAGGAGGAAAGGAGGCGGGCCUGGGGAAGUGGGAAGUGGGCUUUAUUUGGUUAGAAACGAGAAGGGGGCAAGGAGCAUGGACCUCAAGUGGGAAUUAGGAUGAUGUGGCCCCGAGCUCUCACGAGGGUGGCCUGACCGAAAUGGAGCACGGGAAUGGGGCAUGUUGCUGACUGCAGUCUUGGCCACCAGGCAGAGGAGCUGGCCCAGUGUGGGCAGGAAACAAGGACUAAGGGGAAGGCUAACCCUCCCUGUGGGACUCUGCAAGCCAGUCUUGCAGAACUGACUGUUUUCUGCCAAUUCCCCAAGACUGAGGAAGCACCAGGUCAGGGCUAAGAAAGAUCCAGAGGGCCUGGGGAGCUGCCAGAGCACGCUCCUCGAAGCUUCAAGGCACCGAGGCAGAUGCGGCCCCUGACUUGAGAAUAGAGCUGAGAGCUCAAGACACUGAGAAAUUCCGUUCCACUGGGAUUUCCAUCCGGCAGACGGGUUGGAGGUCCAGCUGUCAUCCCAGAGGGAUCACAUCAGGAGUUCAGAGCCGGGGGAGCUCACAUAGGCAGGGGGCUUCCUGGAGGAGGGGGUGUGGGCUGAACCUGGGAGGACCCGCAGGGCCUAGGCUUCAAGGAGCAGGCCCCUCCUGGCCUGACGCAGCUGUCUGUGCCUCCUCGCAGUGGUGCCCUUCCAGGAAGUGUGGGGCCGUAGCUACUGCCGGGCCCUGGAGAGGCUGGUGGACAUCGUGUCUGAGUACCCCGGCGAGGUUGAGCACAUGUUCAGCCCGUCCUGCGUCUCCCUGCUGCGCUGCACGGGCUGCUGUGGCGAUGAGAACCUGCACUGUGUUCCAGUGGAGACGGUCAAUGUCACCAUGCAGCUCCUGAAGAUCCGCUCUGGGGACCGGCCCUCCUACGUGGAGCUGACGUUCUCUCAGCAUGUGCGCUGCGAGUGCAGGCCUCUGCGGGAGAAGAUGAAGCCAGAAAGGAGGAGACCCAAGGGCAGGGGGAAGAGGAAGAGAGAGAAGCAGAGACACACAGACUGCCACCUGGCCUGUCUCCUUCCACCAACAGGACUCAGGAAAUCAUUUCAUGCCAUGGGACUGGGGCUGGCCAAGUCCUACCCCAUGAGCCCAACCCUGCACGAGCGGAGACCUCCACCCCACUCUGUGAAGAUAGGGAUGCUGGGGAGGAUUCUGGGUGCGGCGAUACUGUUCCCCGGAGGUAACCAGCCCCUCGGAGGAGAGAGACCCCACACCCAGCUCGAGUAUUUAUUACCGUCACACUCUCAGUUACCUCCCUGCUGGCACCUGCCCUCUAUUUAUUAGCCAAUUGUAUCCCUGCUGAAUGACUCACUCCCUCCAAGAGGAGGGGCAGGGAGGGACAGGACCCUCAGGAAUUCAGUGCCUUAAACAGAACGUGAGAGAAAGACAGAAGACAGACCCAUGUGGCUUCAGCUUGGGAAGAAGCAAGACGUGUGGCUUUGUGAGGGGCAGGCCAGGCCCCAGAGGCUCCGGGGGUCACCAGGGGGCUGGAGAGGGAAGGACUGGAGACCCACCGCCUGCCCCCCGGCCUUGGGCUCCGCAUGGACCAGCAGCCCUUGCUGGGGGAGCUCCUGGCCGGGGUGGGAGUGGAGAAGCCUGCUCCCACUGGCCCUGCUGGGAGAGUGAGCAGGCAGCAGCUCUGCACCCUCUUCCUGGCAGCAGCUCUACCCCUGGAGAUCAGAACAUUCAGCUGUGGAGAACAGUGGUUGCCUGGGGGCCUUGGCCACUCCUUGUCCCCUAGGUCUGGCCUCACAUCUUGCCACUGCUUGUGCUGGGACAUUGUUCUUUACGGCUAAGGCGUCACCAUCCUGCCCCUCCCAGGGACACAGGCAAAGAGUGGCCCCAGGCUGGACAUGGAGCGAGCUGCCCCCGCGUGGCUGUUUGACCACCAAGCCAGAUUCUCUUGAAUAAAGUAUUUUAGUCUGGAAACAGCUUUCCAGGGGAGUGUGUCGGCCAGAGCAGCGGGCAAUAGCAGGACAUGGAAGCAGGACAGAAGUAAAAGGGACCGUGGGCUCCAGGGCUCCCCGGGGGUAGCUCGAGCCUGUUGCUGCAGCUCCCUGGGGCAUCUUCUCCCAGGUGCUUUAGGCACGACCCUGAGGCCCACUCCUCCCGUAAUGAGGGGUUCCCAGGAUGGAGGCUUGGCCCCAAACUUGGGAGGCCCUGACCCCAGCCACCCCGAUCACCCUCAAAUUCAAGAGCACAGUCCCCUUCCUCUCCCCGCCAGGGCCACCCUAUACCCAGCCCAGUGCCCUACCCUCUGGACCCUGAGUGAAUGGGGGCUCCCAGGUGCCACAGAUUGUGGCCCUGGGGGACUGAACUGCACCACCUCCAACCCACGCUGGCUGCUGAACGCAGGGAUUGGCAGAUGCUGCCUGAUCUCUUCCUCCUUUGACCUCCUGUCUUCCUCUGUCUUCCUCCUGAACACCUUGGCAUGAAAUGAGAAAAAAAUGUUUUUUCUUUUUUCAAUCCCAUACACUUACUCUCUGAUUCCCUUCUGCCUUUGACCCACAAGAUGUGUUUGUUUUCCUGUUGUGUUUUGGGAAGGGGAGCUCCCUGUUCUCUCUAAUUGCAGGCUCCUCAGACAAAGCCACAAGGCCCGGGGGCAGGGGCCCGCCCCAGGCUUUGGAAGGAAGCCAAGGACGCUCCAGUGAGGUAGGUGGAGUGGGGAGGCCCUGCUGAGGCCCUUGGUGGUCUGUUCACCGAGGCCUGGGCCCCCCUGGAGGACAGUCUGGUCAGAAUGUGCUUCUGGCUGGUGAUCACAGAGUAGGGGUGGGCCAGCCCCGGGGGACACGCUUUGCAGAAGAAACGCACUUUCUCUCCAGCUUCUCCACUCUUGGGCUGGACGCAUUCCCCGAGGCGUUGCCUCUGAGGGACUGAGAACUGAGAAGAGCACCCCUCCCCCUUAGGCUCUGAUGUGGCCCCAGGGACCCUACCGCAGCCCUUGCAGCAUCUCCAAGGCUCUCAGAUUCACAAGUCACCCGCAUGGAGGUCUGCCUCCCCACCCAGACCAGCCACCUCUGUAGAGAACUAGACAGAGACCAGGGGAGCAUCCAGAGGCCAGAAGCAAAAGUCUGCAUCCGGGCCAGAGCCUCACAGCAGGAGUCAGUAGGAAAGGAGCUGACUGUCCACCUGACUACACUGGCCGUCCUUUCAAAUCAUUUAGGACAUAGAGGGCCCUUUUCCUUUGCUCUUUAUAUAUUUGUGGAGCCCCACCUGUGUACCUGACACUGUCCUAGGCACCAAGGACUCAGUGGGAAAUAAAACUCCCAGGACCUGCUCUCAUGGAUCUUGUAUUUAGUGGAGAGACAGACCAUAAUCGUGGUCCAAUAAGGAUGUUGGGUGGACUUUAUUCUUUUUCAAAUUGGAGACUGGACCAUAACUUAGGAAAAAGGGGUCUUGAGUAUCCCACACUCUAAAACAAAGAAGAAGCAAUUUGGGGCUGGACACAUCUGCCUACAGGAUUUAUUAAGAGAUGGCUGAAGUAAUCCUGCUAGGCUCAAACAUCACCCAGCAUCCCCUUCCUCAGUCUCCAUAAGCGGAGGACCAGGGAGGGGGAAAGGAGAGAGAAGGAGGGGAGGUCACCAGAGACCUGGGUUGCUGGCCCCUUCUCCUCUCCCUGGAGCUGGAUUUGUCAUUCAGAUUAGCCCAUGUGCUAGCUGGCUGGGAGUUGGAGGAAUGGAGAACUGAAUAGUGAGUAACAGAGGAUGGGGAGAGGGGACACCUCAGCACCUCCAGUGGGAGUUUCCAGGGGGACAUAGGGGAAGGUGAAUGGCCACGAGCCUCCUUUCCCGUGUUCUCCCAAGAGGGAUACGUGCAGAUGAGGAAACCCCAGAGGCUCGAGGCUGUGGACCUAGGGUUGGGACAGUAGCUGAGUGGAGGUGUCAGGUAUAGAUCUGGAAAGGGCACACAGUAGGGAGCAGUGCGUGGGGUAGCCCUGUAGUGUGCAGUGCACCCACAUGAGAGUGGACAUCUAGACGCCCGUCAUACGAGGCACAUUCAUAGCUGGAGAAGAAAUGGCCACAGCCAAGAGAAACUUUCCCCUAAUUUCUCCUUCCCGGCCCUGUGAAAAAAGAGAAAGGGACUUUGGCGAGGAAAAUAGAGAGGAGUACAGGGGCAGACUACGCCUCUCCCCGCUCCCUUGAGCCAAGUCCAGGCCCUGCCCAGGGGAGAGAAAGGGCUUAGUCUUAAAUUGGAUGGACCAGCCUAGAUGGGGCUGGACCUUUAAUAAAUUAAAGUGACAGGAACAUUAGAAGGUCUGCCCAAGAUGCUAUUAAGAAACAGGAAAAGGAGGAUCAACAUAGUUAAUCUACAAGCAAUGAUGAGAGAAAGAAACUGGUUUGUUUGUGCUCCCACGGUUUGCUCAAUAAGCAAUCUAUACAUGUAAACAGAGAAAUUAACGAGAAAAUGACUUAUUGCCAGAAUACGGUUCUGGCAUAUUAGAGAUGGCCCUUCCUUUGAGUUGACCUGGGUCUGCUUUGAUCAAUAGAGUAUAGCAGAAGGGACUUUAUAAUUGUUCCAAGUCCUUUAAAGAGCACUAGCAGCUUCUGCCUUGGUCUCUUGGAACCCUGGGCUGCCAUGUAAGCAGUCCAACUAUUGUGAGGUCACCAUGUUGGAAGGAAGCCCAAGCUAGCAAUUUAGAUACGUAUGGAUAUGUAGGCAGGGGUAGCAGCCAGCUUCCAGUUGCUCCAGCUCCCAGGCAUUACAGUCAUCUCAGCUGAAGCCCCAGACCCCAUAGAGAAGAGAGACAUUAGCUGUACCCACUGUCCCCUGUUUGAUUUCCUAAUCCAUAGAAUUAUGAGAUGUAAUAAAAACAAAGUGUCUGGGGGCAGUUUGCUAUGCAGCAAUAGGGGCUGAAUGGAAAAUAAGGAAAGGUGAUGAGAUAGUGUUUGGGGAAGGUUCUCUAGACCAGGAGGUCACGGAAGGCCUCUCUGUGGAGGUGACAUUUAUGGUGAAGUUAUGGUCAUGUGAAGAUCACUCCAAAACAGGACAAGAGCCCUUUGAACAGAAAACACAGCUGAUGCAAAGGCCUAGAAGGAAUCCCAGUGUGGCUAGAGCGUGAUGAGUAAGGAAGGAAGGGCCAGGAGAUGUGAUGUUAGAGGUAGGCAGGUCAUGAAGGGCUUUGCAGGGUAAGGAGUUUGAAUUUUGUUGUAAUGUAGAGGGAAACCACUGGAGGGUUUCAAGCAGGGGAAUGAAGUGGCAUUACGUACAUUUUUGAAAGAUCACUCUGCCUUCCAUGCGGAGGAUGGACUCUAAGGGCACAAGCCCAGAGGUACAAAUACCACCUCGAAGGCUAUAGCAAAUCCAGACAACCAAUUAUGGUGGCUUUGUCUAGGAAGAAGCACAUGGAAUGGAGAGAAGUAGAGUUUGGUCUUAAUUAUGCAUGUGGGCUUGUUACUCCGAUCAUUCAUUCAUUCAUGAACAUUUUUUGAGUCUACUAGGACCAGGCAUUUUGUAGCAGAUACAUGUGUGAAGGGGCAAAAUAUGUUAGCACAUGAAAGUCUUUCCAGCGUCCCCACUUACUAAAGAAAAUCCCAUUCUGGAAGAAAUAAGGAUAAAGAGAGAGGUCUUAGCUGGAAAGACUAAGUUGUCUACCUGAGAACUAAGAGAGAGAAGGCACGAUUCUGAGAGAGAAAUAAAAGAUGCCAGGGCCAGAGCUAGAGAAAGAGCUUGGUGCUCUGCUUGGAGCUUCUGAUGAUUUAAGACAGCAUGGGGAGCGAAGGAAGGGUUUGGGGAAUGUUGCUACACUUCCCUAAUGCUGAAGGCCCUAAUGUUCUUAGGCAGAAACCCAACCCAGUGAAACACCUGGAUUAGCUAGGAUUACACAGAGAUAGCUAAGACAUUGUCCCUGCUCCUAGAAAAACUCGUCAAAGGAAUCAGAUACGCACAGGUGAUCACAACAGAAGGAAAGAAGGCCACAUAGCUUCAGCAAAGGCAGAUGGAGUGCUACUAAAGAAAUCCGAGCUGAGGUGAUUUACCCAUGGAGAAAGUCAGGGCCAGCUUUGCAAAGUCAGUGACAUUGAGGAAUAGGCAAGCCUGAGUGCAGGGAGAUGGCUGGGGAAGGUGUUCUAGGUGGAGGCAACCCACUAACAAAGACCCAGAGGUGCACCCCCUCCCCCAAAUCCAGGGUAAAAGCCAGGGCUUUUCCAGUGGUUCAGUGUGACUGAUGCAUAAGGUAGGUGCAGCAGAGGAGUGAUGGAUAAGGCCAGAAGGUGGGCUGGGCCCCAGGCGCCAUCCUUGGGAGUCAGGACUUUGGGAAGCAGUGGGAGGCACGGAAGUGUUUUAGGCAGGAGGGUGAGGUGAUCUUGGAAUUCCAGGCUGAAAGAAAAUUUACAAAUAAUCCAUUUCCAUACCCUCAUUUUGCAAAUGAAGAAGCUGAGGGCCAGGUGCGUCCAAAGCCGUGGAAGUUAAGUGAGUCAGAAUUUCACAAUUGACCAGUAAGUGACAGGAAUGGAAUUGAAUCCAGAUCUGGAUCCAAACUCCGUGCUCUCUACCCCUCACCGCAUCAUCUCUCCUCAGGAUGGAGCGCAGAGGAGGGGAGGGGAGGAGAACUGUGUCUGCUCCAAACCUAAGAAGCAGGCCAGACAUCUGCGUGGUGGGUCCACAGAACGGGCCCCUCUGCACACACUGGUGGGAAACCGAGGCUCCAGACAGGGCGGUGACAGGACAGAGCCUUGGUGUGGAAAGACGGCUCUGUCAGCACCGGAGCCCGGCAGCUGUUUUCCUAGAGAAGGCCGACCCUUCCCUUUCCUGAGGGAAGCCUGGAGUGUGCUCUCCCUACCCCGACGCUGGCUGUGACUGAGGCAGAUGAGGGCCUGGUCCCUGCUAGCCAUCUGUGGAUCCCACCUCACAGGCCACGGGGCUCCAGGCCAAAAAGAUAGUGUGUUUCUAGCCCCUGAGGUAGCUUUUUACCAUGGCAACCACCAGGCAGGACAGUCCGGCGGGGAGGAGGGUGAGGGCUUCCCCACGGGGCUGGGCACCCUCCCACCCGCAUUCCUCCCACGGAGAGGGCGUUACCUGGGUGACGGGCAGAGGGCCCUGCGGCCAUACUGACCGUCCGUCGAGGCACUUUGGAGAAUCAGCCCCUGUCCUCACUGGACUCGGAAGAGGAGAGUCCCCCACCGCCAGCCCCCAUCUCUAGGCCUAUCCCUUCUUCUCUCCCAUCUAAGGCCCCGGCUCCCCCACCCCCACCCCCACCCAGCAGUCAGCCCGGGCCCCCCAUGAGUCACCGUGUGAGCCACUCAGCAACGGGAGCCUCUGUGCUCACACAGCCAGGCCGGCAGCCCUGGUUGUUUACAGACAUGUAACCGCCUGACGCCCCCAGCGGGGGUCUGAGGUUUAGACUGUAAUGAUGGUGAUAUCCGCCCCUCCUUGAGCUCUUUAUCCCUCCCAAAGCUGUCCCUGCCACAGUCCUCUUCGGAAGCCUGUGAAGUCUUUUCAUUUGCCAGACAAGUUGGAAGGAAGUACUGAGAGGGUGAGAAAUCUGCCCGAGGAAUUCCAGCCCCAGAGUCUCUGGAGGGUCCAGGGGGCUGACAGCUGGCCGCGGCUGCCACACAGCGAGGCAGAAGCUGAGGCCUCGUGGGCUCUGAUCGGCUCAUGGACCCCGGGCCAGCCCUUUGGGGUCGUGGAGGUCAUCACUCAGGAGGGAGGGCCCAGUCGGAACCUGAGGGUAGGGGGGAACCUGAGGGUAGGGGGGCACCCGGGAGCUAUGCCUCCCCCACCCCAGAUCACUGGAAAUACAACUUCUCACCAGACCUGCGGAGGUAAGGAGGGGAUAGCACUCUUCUCUCACAACCAAGUCCUGAGUCCAAAUCCAGGAAGCUCUGGGUGCCUUUGGGAUCCUUCUUUAGAAACCAGUCCUGGCCAAUCAGGAUUAGCUGUAGCACAAAGACUCCCCCUGGGCUGUUUCACUGAGACCCUUCAUCUUCAUGUAUGUGUGGACUGCCCUGCCAUCUCUUCCCUUCUCUUUCCUUCUCUUCCCAUCCUCUUAGGAAAAGAUGGAUUGUUAUGUGGCUAUAGUAACAAGUAACUCUUAGCACCAGUUAUCUACCCGGCUUCUUCUACGACCACUUGUUUCAGUAACCAUGCUCCUGGAGCCGCACGCUCCAGCAGUCAUAGCCCACCCUUCUGAGAAUAACCAGUCAGCAGCGAUCUCACUCCAUUGAGGGUGCUUCUAGAGCCAAAGGUCGACCAUUCCUAAACACUCUGAAAGUUGACCCAUCGCUGAACUCCACGCUUCCCCAAAGCCUAUAUGAGAUGACCUCUCCCCCUUGCUCAGAGAUGCCUUUGCAGGUACAGCUCUCUUAAGCAAGCAGUACACUCAAGACUCUUCUUUCUGAUAGUGAGCGGUCACAUCUUCCUUUAAAACUCUGCCCCCCACCCAGAUAUUUCCUAUAACCUAUCACAAAUUCCUCCAAAAUCCAGAGAACGAGCAAUACAUUGUUUUCAGCUUUGGUAUAAAUUUGGCCUAAGCUGGGCCCACAAGUGCUUUCCUUCUUAUCCCUCUGCCCUCCCCCAGCAUUCCAGCUCCAUCCUGGACCCACAUGGAGCAUCCACAAGACAAAUAAACCUCUCUUUUGAUAAAGUGGAUCACUUCCCUUGGCAUAAUUUUGGGCAUGUUGCGUUAUGUCAAAUGACCCCCUCCUCCUCCCACCACCAGGCAUGAAGACAGGGAGAAGGGAGGAGGUGGAGGAGACAUCCUGACACCGAAAUGAGAUCGUAAUAUAUUCAUGAUGUUAUAACUUGCUUCUUAAACUUAAUAUGUUGUAGACAUUCCCCACAACGAUAGAUAUUCUUCUACGAUAUAGUUUUUUAAGCACUGAAUUGCUUUGCGUCACUUGGAUAUCCCGUAAUUUGAUUACUUGAUCUGUUGCUGGAUAUUUAGUUUCUCUUUGUUGUUGUUGUAAUAAACAAUACUAUGA